AUCCGCUUCCUGGAUGUGCGCUGCAAGCUGUCACGGGGCGAGCUCCGUGUCUACCACCUCUGCACCUUCCAGCGGGCCAGCCUGCGCGGGGUCCUGCGCCGCACCCUGCGCUUCCUCCGUGCCCACCCUGGCGAGGCCGUGCUCAUGCGCAUCAAGGAGGAGCUGCCCAUCUUCUCCCGGCCCGGCUUCGCUGCCCAGCUGCAUCGCUGCCUGCUGGAGGAGGGACGGGGCUGUUUGUGGUGCCAGGAGGAGAUGCCAACACUGGGCCAGGUGCGCGGGAAGAUUGUGGUACUGGAGGCACUCAGGCGGGAGGUGCUGGGCAUCCCCUACGAGCAGCUGAGCAUCAGCGAUGCCUGGAAUGUGCUGUCACUGGAGCGCAAGUGGGCCCGGGUGCGGCAGCACCUGGAGAAGGCAGCUGGCGGGGACUCCACCACCAUGUACCUCACCUUCUGCUCUGGCAAUGGACUCUUCACCUGCCCUGAGGAGGUGGCCCGCAUUGUGAACCCCCGCUGCUACCAGCACCUGCGGCGCCGGGGCAGGCAGCCCGUGCGCUGGGGGGUGGUCAUCAUGGACUUCCCUGGUGCAGGGCUUCUCCGGCUCAUCGUGGAGAGCAACGGCCUGCAGGCCAAUGGACACAGCACAGGAGUCCCCAGCACUCCCGCAGCGCCCUUGCAGCAUCCCCGCGGCAGAGGGGACAGACGCCGCAGCCGGCACAGCUCCGCUCGCUGCCUGCGCCGGUGCCCAUCGGGUCGGACACUGCUCCCGGCCGCACGCCUUUACCGAAGGACAUCAGUGCCCGUAGAGCAAAAGCUGGUUUCUAGGUCUCGCAGGGCACCAGGAAGUGUUCGUGUGACAGUGGUGUGACAGCGGCAGAGGCAGCAGAGAGCUGACAGCCCAGUGGUCGGAGCGGGGCAGCCCGGGGAGCUGCGCCUUGAGCAUCGCUCUGCCCGGAGGAGCCAGGGGCUUGCCCCAAAAGUCAGGACUCUUAGGGAGAGCCAGCUUCAGCAAGUGCUGCCAACCCUGUGCAUGGACAGCUGGAUGGCCACAGCAGCAGUGAUUCCAAAGGGGCUGCCCUGUCCCCAGGAUCAAACAGACAGGGGAUGCUGCACAGGGCAGAGCCCAGUGAUUUGCAACAGCAUGGGCAGGGCAGUUUGUGGAUUCACAAAAGCAAAGUGAUUGGGACAUAAAAAAGACCUUAAAACCAGUGCCAGUGCCUGCCCUAUCUGCAGAUAAUAAAUCAGCAAUUUAAAUAGAAUGGCAAGUCAAAUGACACAGAAGUUCCUUGGAGCAAAAGGAUAACCAAGAUCCCAGGGGAGAAAUCAUCAAACUGCUCUGUGCUGAAGGAGGGAGCUGGGAAAGAGAAGAGGAACUUUUUUAAAAGAGGAAAGCUCAGCCCUGGCCUGCCAAAAGAUGAAGGAUGUCCUCAAGGAUACUUCUGUCUCAGAGGAAAACACAGUGCCUGCCAGAGGGGAUGCCGCAGGAUUUCCUGGCUGGAGGAGGGGAUGUUUUUUGCUCCACAGGCUGGCCCUGGCUGGAGACACAGCUCUUGGUGCUGAGCAUGUUCAUCUGCUGGGCCAGGGAGGGGAACAGGCAAUAGUAGGCAGUGGGUGACAGAGGUGGCAGACAGAGGAAUCUGUCUCUGAGCUUGCUCUGUGAGACAGGAGAAGAUUGAAAUCUCUGCAUUAAAACAGACAUGUGACAAAAGCA